CCCAAGAUGGCGGCUGCCGGUGACGUGCCGGUCCGGGUCUGCAACCAGGAGAUUGUCAAAUUCGACCUGGAGAUUAAAGCCGCCGUGCAGGAUAUCCGGGAUUGUAUAGGACCUGUAAGCGUGCUUACAGAAUUGAAUGCCAAAGUAAAAGAAAAGUUCCAGCAUUUACGUCUUAGAAUACAGGAGCUUGAACAGAUGGCUAAGGAGCAAGAUAAAGAAUCAGAAAAACAAGUAUUACUCCAAGAAGUAGAGAACCAUAAAAAGCAAAUGCUCAGCAAUCAGACAGCUUGGCGAAAGGCAAACCUAGCUUGCAAAAUUGCUAUUGACAAUUCUGAGAAAGAUGAAUUGCUGCGAGGGGGAGAUCCUUUACGACAAAGAAAAUCUACUAAGGAAAGUUUGGCAGAGGGGGCAAGUAACAUCACAGAGAGUCUGAUGGGAAUUAGCAGAAUGAUGUCUCAGCAGGUUCGGCAAAGUGAGGAAACCAUGCAGUCGCUAGUUAAUUCUUCACGAACCAUCUUGGAUGCCAACGAGGAGUUUAAAUCCAUGUCUGGAACAAUACAGCUGGGCCGAAAGCUUAUUACAAAAUAUAAUCGCAGGGAGCUGACUGAUAAAUUGCUCAUCUUUCUUGCCUUGGCCUUGUUUUUGGCCACUGUGCUUUACAUCCUGAAAAAAAGACUAUUUCCCUUUUUGUAAUAUUUUCAGGUGAGAGGAAGAAGCAUGACUGCAAGGAAAAAAGGAGAUACAUUGCAAAAAGAGUUCUGACAGGAGACCCUUCUGUCAGACAGAACUAUCAUACAAGCAGCAGGUUAGAACAAGGAAGAGGAAAAAGUAGGCAUGUUUGCUCUGAGGCUGGAGGGAUACAUCACUAGGCAUAUUCUGUGAGGCAUAUUCCAGUGUCUCCCAUCUUUGGCCUGAAAUACAUUUCUGAUUCUUUCCUCAGUUCAGUACAGAACUGAGAGGACUGGGAGAAUACUAUAAACAUAUAUUAGAUAUAUUGUAUAUUAUACCUUUAGUAAAGUACAUGUGAAUGCCAGUGCUGCAAAAAUCUUAUAAAUUAAAGGAUGCAAAGUGUGUAAGUCUUAUUAAUGGUCCUUUUUGAAUUAUAAAAAUGACCUUUUCCUCAGAUUGUCUCCAGAAAAAGCAAUGAGGCAAAUCCCCAAAUCUCUGUUUAAUUGACGGGUCCAUAUUAUUUGUUUAUCUGUUUCUCUUGCCAGUGAUAUUUAGAUGGAUUCCGUUGCUUCAUCGCAGUGUACGGUUUUGAUGCCUCAUGUUGAUCAAAUCAUUUAUUUGGGAUAGCAGUCUCAUUUCUUGGAUGUCUUUUUAACAUAAGGCUAAAGGUAUAUUAUAAGAUUCCAUCUCUUCCUGUGGACACAACUAUACCAUCACAGGGUAGUAUGCAUGCAAGGAGCAUUACAGAGUUCUUCCUCUCAGCGCACACAGUUAUUUUCUAGGUCCAAAGUUGCACAUCAAGGCUGUCCUCAUCAAGCAAGAGCAGGGCGCAGACUUGGGUUUUAUUCACUGCUGGCUCUUAUGAGAGAUGGCAAAGGAUCCUAGGAAGAAGCCUUACCCCAGACAAUUUGCUGCAAGAAAGGCAACCGUACUGUCUUCUGAUAUUUGCUUGUAUGGCAAAAUGAAGAAAUCUGAGUGAGCUGAAGGGGUUGGGAUAGUGAUGUUGAAAGAAUCAAGGGGAUCUAUAGUCAACUCCAAAUAAUGAUGUUUUUAAAUGGUAACUUUUCAUUCUGAAACAUUUUUCAGCAUUACUUUCUACAAACACACUGAAGAGCAUUUUUUUGUAAUUAAUGUUUUCUUGUGGGACGUUUAUGUAUGUUAAUAAUAAGCACAAAUUAUAAAAACAUUCCUUAAUUUUCUAGAAUGUUUAACCUGUUAUAAACUUUGUGCUUAAACACAAGAGUUCUUUUUUCCCUGUAAUGCACCUGUGGGUAGCUGAAAAUUAUUCUCUUAAUGUCCAGUUAAACAUUCAGUGCUGCUUCCUGUUGCCCCAGCUAAAAUGCCAGAAGCAAAGAACUGUCAUAGAGUCAGACAAUUUUGGGUUCUUUCUCUUGCAAUUCAUUUCAAUUCCUCUUCUGGUUUUCAUGCAAGGAACUGUCCCUUUCUUAGAAUCCAGCUAUUUAUCAUGUAAGUGUCUGAUCUUGGAUUGUCAAAAACAGGAUUUUGGUGGAGAUGUAAUAAGAAUAAUGCUUCUUUAAAACAUAUGUUUGUACAGUGUUGUCUGGAGGUUGAGUCACGGCAACUGGACUUCUUUUC